CUCAACCUGGUCAGAGUCAAAGCAACAAAACGAAGCCCCGUCUUACAGCCUUGGGAAUCAUGUCACCCAUGUCAUCCAUUCUGGUGGGACUUGCAGUCGGAGCCGGCACAGGCCCGGAACUGGCCGAGGUGUUCGAGCAAGUCAUCCAUGCCCUGGCUGCGCCAUAUGGGACGAAAGUCGACUUCUUCCGCUCCACUCGGAUCUACAAUUCUUACUCUUCUCUGCUGGCAGUGAACGAGACCGACGCGGUGACCGAGGAAACGCGACAGGAUACCAUCCACUACCGGCAAUUCUGCGAAGAGGCAGCAGCGCGAGGCGUGCGUGCCAUCUUCCGCACAUCGAUCUCGGCGCAGGCGCUGUACCUGGUGCGCGAGCAGCUCGAGGCUGUCAAAUGCGAGCAUUACUGGCAAAGUCCGACCGCGUCACUCGUGCUGGUUCGCGACCAGGCGCAGGGAUUCUACUCCGGUGAGAACGAGGUCCACGAAGAUGGGAGGGCUGUGUCUCGCACUGUCCACUUUCGCAAGGCUAUCUUUGACCGCAUCAUCGCUUUCGGCCUAGCUCGCGCGCGACAGUUCCUGGGGGAAAAGACGAAGGGGGCGGUUAUCGACACGAUCACUCUCGUCUACAAAUUCCACCUGUUUGAUGGGCUCUUCCUGCAGUGGGCGCGCGACUGGGAGCAGACCCACGGGGUCACCGUCCGCUGCGUGCAGGGUGACACAAUGAACCGGAACCUGUUGGCAGCCGGAGGCAUUGAGGGCCACCAGGUGCUUAUCGCCGCCAAUGAGUAUGCGGACCUCAUGCAGACCAUCCUUCUGGACCGGUUUGGACUUGGGGCCCAGGAAGGGGCGUGUGCGGAAAACAUCUAUCUGCAUCCGACAGUGCAGGGGCUGAGCGAAUGGCAGACAGCGCAUGGUUCAGCCGAUGAUCUGACCGGGCAGGGCAUUGUCAAUCCCACUGCAACGAUCCGGGCCGUCGCCGCAAUCUUGGAAGACAAGGCGCAGUGUGUUGGAGUCAAACGCAUUACGGAUCUGGCCCUCCACCAGCUGGCCCUCCAGGGCGUGCAGACCCCGGACCAAGGCGGCUCCGCCACCACCUUGGCAUUUGUCGAAGGAUUCUUGGGGGCUGCUGCUGCUGUUACAUCCGCUACGCCUCCGGCAAUCCUUUCAGCAGCAGAAUCCGACACCGCGCUGGUUGUCGUGGACUUCCAAAACGACUUCGUCACGCAAUAUCCUCAGCCACGCGAGAUGAUGCGGGUCAGUGCCAACAUCGCGCAGCUGGUGGAUCGAGCCCGCCAGGCCCACCUUGAAGUCAUCUGGGUCCGAUUCCUCGGAGAUACGGAGUAUCAGCCGCGGGGCUGGCGCCAACGGAAUCAAGAGCAACAGCGCAAGCCUUGGUGUUUGCGCGGAACGUGGGGGGCUGAGUUGUUUGGAGCGGUGCAACCUCGUGCGCAAGAGCGCCAGUUUGAGAAGCGAGCCUGCUACGACCCCUUUCUCGCUCCUGGCUUUGAACACUAUCUGCUUGAACGUCGGUUAGAGCACCUGGUGGUGGUGGGACUGUUUACAGAUGUUUGUGUUGAUGCCACGGUGCGAGGAGCCUUCCAGCGUGGUUGGUUGACCACGGUGGUGAAAGGCUGUACUGCAGGCCACCAUUUUACCGAGGAUCAAUGGCUAGCAUACAUGCAGCGGGUAUACGGCACCAAAGUCACCGAAGUCACCGAGUUGGAGGGGGUCUUGGAGCCAAGAGAGACUAAGGCUGAAGCCUAAAUGAAUACGAGGGCACUGCAGGGUCUAAAAGCUUAGCGUUGCAGUAGCAUCGGCCCUAAGUGGAGACGAAGGAGUUGAAGGAGUUGAAGGAGUUGAAGGAACUGAAG